AUGAGCGGCCAAGGCCAAAGCUCGGAUCACAAUCUUCUGCUCGGCCCCUCAACCACCUCCGCUUCCUCCUCCCACCCUCCGCUUAGCACGCCAUAUCCUUCUACUGCUGCUGCUGCUGGUCCUAUUGGUGCCGCUGCUGCUCCCCCUCCGCCUUUCCCCUUCCUCCCGCCUCUCUCCCCCUCCGCGCCGUUCUUCCAAAUGCCUCCCCCCGCGCCUUCGUUCCUCCCGUUCUCCCUCUCCCUCCCAUUCACCUCCCUCCUCUCUCCUGCACACCAAAUCGGCGUUCCUCUGCCUGCCAGCGCGCCGUUUCCCCCGCAGCCCUACUCGCCGCACUCCCCCACCCCGCUUAUUGGAGCUGACGUUGAAGCAGCAGUUGCGGCAGCAGCAGCAGCAGCAGCAGCAGCAGGGGGUGCAGCAGUGGGGACGCCAGUGGCGUAUCCUGGCCUGGCGCAGCCCAUGGGCACCGGUGUACUCUUCUCUCGCUCGCCCACGCUCCUCCACUUCACCAUCCCUCCCCAGCACUUCUCCCUCAAAGCGCUUCCUGAAAUCAUAUUCGCCCUGUUCUGGACGGCCUUUGUCACCUUCUGGACGACCACAGCAGCAUCUUCUGGGGCUCCCCUCUUCUUCAUUCUCUUCUCCAUUCCCUUCUGGGCGGUGGGCAUUGGCCUGCUCGCCCACGUGCUACUGCGGCACAUCAUGGACGAAACAGUGACUGUGGACCCCGCCACGUGUCAGCUCACGAUUCAUCGAAUGGUGAAAGGGCAGACUUUGCCGUUCUUUGGCCUGUCCACGGCGCACACAGCUCUCAUCCAUGGGGCGGGAGUCAACUACACCAUGCAGAUCCAGGGAUGUGAGCGAGGCGCUGGAGCGUGCAACGAGGGGUCCCAGGGUGCGCUGGUGAUCUGGCUUGGUGAAGCGCAGGUCAAGGGAGUGGAGGCCGCCGUGGUGGAGGAAGAAGCGGAGUUCGUCCAUCCAUUGCUGGUGAUGAUGGUUGCAGAUGAGCGAGAUCGGCUGACUCUCCUGCAGUGA